AUGUCGGUGGACGAGGCGUACGUGUUCAGGCCGUUCAAAGUGAUCGCGUUGCUGUGCGUGUUUCUGGCGCUGUGUCUGGACGUGGUCGCGGUCCUCAGUCCCGCCUGGGUGACCGCAGAGCAUUUCUCCCUGUCCCUAUGGGAGUCCUGCACUCUGUCCGAGGCCCAGUGGAGCUGCUUCUCUACGCUCACCUCUGACUGGCAGAUCGCCACACUGGUGCUGCUGGUGGUCGGAGCAGCUGCCACUCUGCUGGCCUUCCUGGUAGCGCUCAUCUCUCUCUGCCAUGGGACACACAGACGACACUAUCGCACCGUGGCUGUGCUCCUCUUCACUGCAGUGGUGCUCCAGGCGUGCGCUCUGGUGCUGUAUCCGAUCAAGUUCAUCGACGGCACAGUCCUCCAGACGUACCACGAAUUCAACUGGGGCUACGGUCUGGGCUGGGGGGCCACUGUCUUCAUGUUGGGGGGGGGCAUCCUCUUCUGCCUGCGCACCGACAUCUACGACGACCCCAUGUACUGA